AUGAAUCGAGGAGACAGCGAGAACUCAAGUUCUGCAGAAUCAAAGAAAAGCCCCGAUACUACUGAUCGUAAAAAAGCAACACAUUUGAGAUGUGAACGGCAGCGAAGAGAAGCUAUAAAUAAUGGAUAUCAAGAGCUGAAAGAAUUGUUACCAGCAUCGUUCUCUUCAAUUGGAUGUAAAACUACAAAUGCUCUCAUUUUAUUUAGAGCUGCCGAUUACCUCAACCAGCUAAAGGCUGAUGUCGAUAAUACUCAGUCUAAGCUUACACAACUUUUAGCACAGGUACAAGCAUUAGAAUUAAUAGCGGCACAGUACGAGAACAUGUCAGCAGAAACUUCCGUGGCAAAUAAAAGUUCACUGCAAUGCCGAAUGGUCCAGACUCUCUUAGAUGCCUGUUACACUUCGUUCUGUCGUCAAGUUGAUGUUUCUACGCUCCAGUCAGUCACUCAGACGUUGUUACCAUGGGUGGAAAAUCUUGACUACGAUGUGGGUUUGGCGUGCUUAUAG